AUGUCUUCCCCAUUUACAACAUUAAGCAAAUAUCCCAAACUUCCCGUGCUAGCAAAUCCAUCGUUAGCUGAAGGAAAUAGUCCACGUGAACCAAUUAAAGAGUCUGUGGGUUAUCGUUUUUCUUGCGAUGAAGCAAAAUUAAUGAACGAAAUAACAACCAGAAUGGCGACAGAUAAUAUAAAAGCAAAUAACGUGGGACGUCUUCCAGGCGUUCCAUUAAGCCAGAAUAGCUCAGAUAGUCGAAUUAGAGCACCAACAGAUUUGGAUUUAUUACAACUUACAAUGCAACGAAUGCAAAAAGCUGAAGCAGAUGUCAGAUAUUUAUCCAGUCAAAUCAAAGAAAAGGAUCAACGAGUUGCCGUAUUACAAGAUAAAUUGAGUUUAUACGAAAAAGCACUGAAAAAUCAACGAAAAAAUGGCGAUGAUUCACACAAAGUGCAAAUUCUUGAACAGAAAUGUGUUCGAUUACAAUCAAUUAUCGAUCGAAUGGAGGAUUUGCUCAUUGAACGCGGAUUAGAAGUAGUUGGUGAAUCGAAUGAACCGGACAAUAUAAAUAUUCUAACAUUCGACGAGGCUGAUGCUGCUGUAUCUUCAUCACCCAAAACAUGGAAUCCAGAUGAAUCAGUAUUACCACAAUCGUUGCCGAUACCAAUCGAUUAUAAUGCUAUUAUUGAAAGUAUUCGUGAAUUAAAUGUAUUAGCAGGAGAAAGUGAAACAAGAUUUAAUAAUAAUAACAAAGACACACACAACAUCAAAACACUAAAACGUGUAGAUCCUGUUGAUUUAACACUUUAUGCCAAUGGAAUAUUUUUAUUUAAUGGACCAUUUCGUUCAUUUAAUGAUCUGUUAACAAAACAAUUUAUCAAAGAUUUAACCGACGGUUAUUUUCCUAGUGAAUUGCAAACGCGUUAUCCCGAUGGUGUUCCAUUUAGAGUGAAUGAUAGACGUGAAAUAUAUUAUAAAGAUAAACAACAGCGGGCAUUCCAAGGUGAGGGUCAUGUUUUAGACGAUGGACGAAUUGUACCAUCUAUUGAAAAACCUCCUGAAAUGAUAUUACCAAAUGGUGCAAAAGUGGAGACACAAGAUAAUCGUCCAAAAGUAUCAGUAGAACGAUUUUUAAAUCGUCUACCUCAAUCCGUUAUCAAAAAUGGAAAUGUUAUUGAUAUCCGGAAUGAUAUAAAAGAACAAAUUUACGGUAAUCAACAGAACCAAGUAGAUACAUCAGAUAGAUGUGAAAGUGCAAAAAGUGAAUUUGAUGGUACAACAACACCAAUAACAACGUUACGUAUACGAUCGGCUGAUGGACAACAGAGUUAUGUGAUUAAAAUGAAAAUAACUUCAACGAUUGAAGAUGUUAAAAAUAUAAUUACAAAGAAAAAAAAAUUAUCAUAUGAUUUCGAUUUAUUUCAAAUGGGUACAAAAACAUUUUAUUUAAAUUGUGAUAAGACACUUGAACAAUGUGGUUUAGUUCCGAAUGCGAGUUUAGGAAUAAGAGAAAUAAAACGACAAUAA